UAAGAAGCUCAGCAGAAAGGGACGAUGACGCAAAACCGCGGGCGCAAGGGGACGCUACGAGGGCUAUACGAAUGACGCAACAGGUCACCUCCAAAACACCUCGUGGUAGGAACGAGCGCCAUCUAUUGGCACAUUCCUAGGCGCCCCCGCGAUUAAGCCACGUCUCCCAAAUUUCAUCUUUCCAUCUCUUUGCCGGGGAAGGAAGGAGAGACGGAAGGAGAGAGGGAAGGAAGGAGAUACCGUGGUGACUUUUAAUGUAUAUUCAAGUCGAUUAGUUCAGGCGAAGACGAUGACAGACGGCAACAGUGACUCGGCUGACGAAACCUUUGGAAGCAGCGCCUCUCGCCUCAAUUCCUCGGGCACAACUAGCCCCGAUGAUCUUGCUAGUUCCUCCGACACGACUAGCACCACUAGCAUAACCGGCCUCGCUGCUCUCACUACCCGGAACUGUUCAUCUCUCUCCACUAGCCCUCCUACAUCCGCUAGUUCUCCCGAUCCGGCUAGUUAUCCAGCUUGUCUCACCGACGCAGCUAGCAGCGGAGAUCCAGGGAGCCUCAUGAACUCGGCUAGCUAUCGCAGCUCAACUAGCCCUCCUGAACUAGCCAUGCGCGAAGAUUCAGCGGUUCUCGGCAGUUCGGCGAAUUUCACCGCUACUGACGGAGGAUUCCCCGCCACGCCCCUGCCACGAAGCUCGUCUCUCGCGCCCUCCUCCUCCGUCGCCAUUCCUUCCUUCUUCACGCCACCGACUUCAGCGCCUCCUUCAGCCACGUCUCUUCGUCUCUCCUUGCCUUCGUCCUGUUCUUCGUCUGUUUCUCCUUCCGUUCUUUCUUCUUGUUCUUCGUCUGUUUCUACCUCCUCUGUUCCUUCUUCCUGUCUGUCGUCUGUUCCUCCUUCUGUUCCUUCUUCCUGUUCUUCGUCUACUUCUCCUUCCUGUUCUUUGUCUGUUUCUUCUUCUGUUCCUUCUUCCUGUUCCAUUUCUUCGUCUAUCUCUCCCCCUUCCAUCUCUCCUGAUCCUCCUCUCUCUUCUCCCUCCUCCGCCAUAUACGUGAAUGGACACAAAAAAGAGGAGCAAGAGAGAAAAGAGGAUAAAGAAACAAAAGAGAAAGAAUUGGAGAUAACAAAAGAAGAGGGAGACGGUGAUAAAGGAGGUGAAGAGGAAAAGAUGGAGGAUGUGUUAGAAGAUAAAGAAAAGGAUAAGAACGGAAAUGAGGAGAGAGAAUCGCAGAAGAAGGAGGAUAACUUGAUAAAGAGUGGAAACGAAGAAAAUGACAAGAAUCAAACAAAGGAACUUGAAACGAACGAAGAAAAUAACACAAAAGUCGAGAAGAUGAAGAUAACGAAAGAGGGGAAUGAGACAAACAAAGAUAAAGCUACGGACUCAGAGAAGAAAGAUGAUAGUACAAAGGAGAAAAAUGGACACCACGAAAGGGAAACAAAGCAACCAAGUGAUAAACAUGAGGAAAAUGAGAGAGGCGCAGACUUGCCUCAACCACCGAUCGGAGAAAAGCAGUUGUUGGAAAGCCAAAGAGUCGUGGCUGCUUUGAACCAACAGCUCAGGGGAAAAAGGCCGGUCAGGAGACAGCUUUGGGAGGUGGAUCAUGUGAAGCUGGACGUGGACCUCAAUGCCGAGCUACAGCAGGCGAUGGAGGAGGAUUCGUCGAGGCUCAGAGAGACGUGGGAGGAGCUCCCCCCCCAACGCCUCCCCGACGCCCCCCUCUGCUAUCAUUCUCAGGUAUACGCAGACGAGCUGAUGGAGGCCUCCGGCAACCUCCCGUCAGCCCCUCCGUCAGAGCGCUCGUCCCGCCCUUCGGUUCCGGCGAGGCCCCUGAAGCGGCCGCCCACGAGAGCAAUUUCGGAGGUUUCGCACAAGAAGCCGAUGUUGGAAGCCUCCUCUGCGGGCGCCCCUGAGGAGUCGGUAAGAGCGGGGCCGUCGGGGGAUGGAGCGGGGAAAGGCGAAGGCGUGGCAGAAGGAGAGGCGGAGGAGACGAAGGAGAAGAGAGGCGAGGAGAGAAGAACAGGAACGGCCGGCGAGGCGAACGGCGAGGCCAGACUCUCGUCGACUACGUGGACCUCCUCCGCGACUUCGGCCCCGAGCCUCCGCCCGAGCACGAGGCGAGGCCUUCGUCCGGCGCCCAACGGGUCGACGCCCUCGAGGUCCACGGCCUCCGCGGCAGAGGCCAAGGGAGCGGCGACCCCCUCGACCUCCGCGGCCUCCAGAACACCAAGGAGAGGCAGGCCGAAGAAGGACAAGGACGCGACGUCCGUUCCGAGAGAAGGGACGCGGCAGGUGGCCCUCAGGAGGUCGCCGAGGAAGCUGAAGGAUGUCAAGCGGCGCCUGAGGAUGUGAUGGUGCCAGGGAGCAGUGCCACAGUGCCUUGUCCUUUAAUGAUACUAGUCUGUGUCUAGUUUUCUGUAUAACUUAAGUAUUUGGAAGGGAGAUUUCUGACAUGAAGGAGGCAAAAAAGCCUUUAAGAAUGUGUUUUAUAUUUUCCAGGAGCAUAAUAACCGCAGUUAAACACUGGUUCUUUAUAUCGUUAACUUGAUUAAGACAUGUAUUUAUGAUAAUAUAUUUAAACAUUCCUGUUGGAUGCUUGCUGAUAAUCAGACAUUAUUUGUAUUCAUGAGUGAUUAUUUGAUACGACCUUUGUGGAUGAGGCAGUUGAAUGUAAACCUGUGAUUUCGUAUAUUGAUAUGUUUUAUAUCGAUUAAUGAUGACUAUUAUAUUAAUUAAUAUAUUAUUAAUCUAAGUUACACACACACACACACACACACACACACACA